ACUUCACAUAGUGUACAUUGCUAGCUGCUGUGAGGGCAAGGCCUGAAAGCACAUCACUCCUUGUAUGUGAGAUGACGUUGCAAACCUCAAAGCAUCAAUUCUGACAGUUGUACAUGAAGAGUGGCAACAAAUUUCAUGACUUCUUGUCUGAAUUCCUGUACCUUGCUGCAGAAGCAGGUGUUGCAGAGGAUACCUGGAAGGAUGAACUUUGCAUAAAACUGGCAACUAAACUCCAGGAGCUGUGUAUCACUGAGAGCUACAAGACUGGACCCUUCCAAGACUUCUCUAAUGCAGUGUCCCAGACUGCAAGUCGUCUUGAGGUCAUCAACCAUCAGAACCAGAAGAAUUGAUCUUUCAACUUCUCUUCAUCCAGCAAGGAUACCACUAAGGGAGCUGGUCAGGUGAAUGUCAAAAAGGAACCAGCCCCUCCCCAAAGCGAAGGGAAAUGCUUCCACUGCCAGGGACAUGGUCAUUUGGCUUGAGAGUGCCCUACCAAGGCCGCGACCU